AGGCCUCGAACGUCCUCUCUCCCCCGCAAUUCCAGUCCAUUAUGGCCCAGCUUCCUGGACAAAACGGCACACCCUCCCAAUACAUGGACCCAAAGUUCGCUCCCAAUCAGCCAGUCUUCAACCCCAGCCAGGUAGCACAGGAGGCGCAAGAUCCGAAGAAUGCUGCGCAUCCUAGCCAUCCAAAGCACCACGAAUGGGCCAAAAAUAUGGCCUCCAGAUUCGGGAACGCAGUCAUGUUCGGCGCAGGUGCGACUUUUGGAGGGGAUGUGGUUAAUGAUGUGAUGAGGAAGUUUUGAGGGGAUUGUCAGGGGAAUCGGGUGUUUGUGCAACAAGGGAUUUGGCAGAAUAGUUGGAU